CGAUAUUCCCAAACAGGUACUAAAUAGAAAUAUAAUCCGAAAUCUGUGGAAUUGGACUAUCCUCGUGGUGAGUUUUUUUUAACUUUUAACAGUGACCGACUCCCCGCCUUACACUCACUACACAAAAGCCUAAUUAACCGCCCACUCACUCCCUUAACUCAAUCUUUCCAUAAUAAAAUUAACUUUCCUAAACACACAUUUUUACCAUUAAAAAAUCCACUUUAUGAAUUAACCAUCGCUGUAAAAAAAACAUGGCCUCCAUGCAAAACCAACCCGAGGAAUCAACCGCCAUACUCAUUCCGCCGUCUCCAAAUACCCCGUUGUUGGGCGGCGGCCCAAGGCGGCGCAGCCGAUCCAAGCCCAUCGCCGCCGUGGCCGUGUCGGCGAUUCUUGCCGUGGCAGCGCUUCUUGUGACGGUGCCGCGUGGCAUUGGCGGGAAGGGGAAGACCGACGACGACACCCUUUCGUCUCCGCAUUUGCCAAGCGGGACGGCGGUUUUCUCGGCCGGGCCGGCGGUGGCGCGUGGGUUUAGAGAAGGAGUGUCGAACAAGUCAUUCGGCCCGCCGCCGGGAGAUGAUCGGCCGUUCACGUGGACGGAGGAGAUGCUGAGCUGGCAGAGAAGUUCCUUCCAUUUCCAGCCCAAGAAAAACUGGAUGAACGGUCCAUUAUUUUACAAGGGGUGGUAUCAUCUUUUUUACCAGUACAAUCCAGAAUCGGCAAUAUGGGGCAACAUCGUAUGGGGCCAUGCGGUCUCGAGAGACUUGAUUCACUGGGACCACCUCCCCAUAGCGAUGGUGCCCGACCAUUGGUAUGACGCUAAUGGCGUAUGGACGGGGUCGGCUACCACCCUCCAUGAUGGCCAACUCGUCAUGCUCUACACGGGGGCCACAUACGAUCUCGUCCAGGUCCAAAACCUGGCCUAUCCCGCUGACCCAUCUGACCCUCUCCUAGUCAAAUGGGUUAAGUACGAGGGCAAUCCAGUCCUCGUUCCGCCUCCCGGGAUCGGGUCUCGGGAUUUCCGAGACCCCACCACUGCGUGGUACACGAUGGACGACGGCAAGUGGCACAUCAUGAUCGGUUCGAAGCUCAACAAAACCGGGAUCACCAUGAUCUUCGACACCGAUGACUUCAAGAGCUUCAAGCUCGUAAACGGGUUGGCCCAUGGGGUCUCGGGUACGGGCAUGUGGGAGUGCGUGGACUUUUACCCGGUUUCAACCACGGGCGAGAACGGGUUGGAUAGCUCCUGUAAUGGGCCGGACACGAAGCACGUCUUGAAGACGAGUCUCGAUGACGACCGAAAUGACUAUUACGCCCUCGGUACGUAUGACGAGGGGGCUCAGAAAUGGAGGCCCGACGACCCGAGUCUGGAUGCCGGAAUCGGGUUAAGAUACGAUUACGGCACCUACUACGCCUCCAAAUCCUUCUAUGAUCAAGAAAAGAAGAGAAGAGUUAAUUGGGGUUGGAUUUAUGAAAUUGAUAGUGUUACUUCUGACUUACAAAAGGGGUGGGCUUCCCUCCAGUUGGACAUUGUUGCGGAGUUUGAAGUAGACGAAGAGGCGUUGGAAAAAGCGGAAAGCAACCACGUACCUUACACUUGUAGGGCAGCCGGAGGCGGGGCCGCCCUACGAGGCGCCUUAGGGCCAUUCGGCCUGCUGGUUCUGGCGAACCACCAGUACGCCGAGCAGACUCCCAUCUACUUCUACAUUGCAAAAGGUGCAAAAGGAAAGUUCAAUACUUUUUUCUGCGCUGAUCAUUUGAGAUCAUCCCUAGCUACGGACGUGCGAAAGGCAACCUAUGGUAGCACGGUUCCCGUGCUUGACGGCGAAAGACUCUCCAUGAGAAUAUUGGUGGAUCAUUCAAUAGUGGAGAGCUUUGCCCAAGGGGGGAGAACAUGCAUCACUUCAAGAGUGUACCCAACAAGGGCUAUUGGUUCAGCUGCUAAGCUCUAUCUGUUCAACAACGCCACGGAGGCCGCCGUGACGGCGUCCGUGGAAGUCUGGCAAAUGGCCGCCGGAAAGGACGACUCCGCCGCUCACACGCCCAAAUGGAGGACCUCCUCCGCCGCCGCCGCCAUUCUACUUGUCUUCGUGAUCUUUUUCUUGUAGUCUCAUUAUAUUUGUUCCCAAUCCAUCUUAUAAUUAAGGGAGGUGAGGGAAAUAUCUUCCCGUUGCGCAGAACGAAGAAAAAUCCCAAGUUUUUUCAAUCUAUUUUAUUUAAAUAUUGGUAUAGAAAUAAAAAAUAAAACAUACAUAUUUAAAAACUACAUCAAAAGUUCAACAAAACAAGUGGUGACAAGACUAUUUUAUUUUAUCAUAUAGGCCAUGAAAAAAUACAAAUAAAUAUAAAUUCCCGUG